CCCGAAUCAGAAGCGUUAGAUACACAUUUAAUAAAAUGCAGACCUCUCUCCCCGGAAUCAUUAACAUCUGACAGCAAUUUUUCAUUCCUAUGUCAAACAUUUUCAGAGUCUAGGCCAUCCUCUCCUGAAUCUGUUGCCUCAUUGGCUGAUAAUUUAAGUCAUCAAUAUUGUGACUAUUAUUUACUGUUUAACGGAGAUAGGCACUCAUCACCCGAGUCAGCAAUUUCAGACUUUGACUUUGCUGAGUGGAACUUUGAAGACCUGUUUAAUGAGGAUAGACCCGAUUCUCCAAAAACAUUUAUAUCAGACAAUGUUGAAUCCAUUGAAUGGGAUGUGUUGAGAUACAGACCUCUGACUCCAGAAUCAGUCUCAGACUAUGACUCUACCUUCCUUCAGAGCUGGUUCUCAGAAUCUCGACCUUCCUCCCCUGACUCUAUCACAUCAUUGGAGAGGUACAGUCUUACCCAUUUCAGGCCUCAAUACUGUGAUUAUUAUCUGCAGUACAACAGAAGCAGACCUAUGUCACCUCUGUCAGUGUCAUCACACCUAGAGUUCUCUGGUUUUUACCUUGAGGACCUUUUUGAUGAGAACAGACCACACUCACCAGAGUCGUGUCUCUUAAAGGGUGGAUAUGAGGAGAGUUAUGAGAUAUCUACCAUGUUAAGACCUCUCUCACCUGACUCCCUAACCUCAGAGAAUCAAUACAUCCUCUCUUUCCUAGAAUACUGGAUCUCAGAAUCAAGGCCAUCUUCUCCCGAAUCAGAAGCUUUGUUUACUGAGUACCAACCUCUCUGUCCUGACUCCCCUGUUCCUCAGUUUAGACCCCUGCCACCAGAUUGGUCAAAUUCAUACUGUGAAAGCAGGUCAUCCUCUCCAGAAUCUUUGAUAUCAGAUGUUGAGUAUUCAGAAGAAUAUGUAGAGGCUUUUGACAUGAAUGCUAGACCUCUCUCACCUGAGCCAAUUGUCUUCCAUUUUAUCAAAAGAACAGAAUCCUACAUGAUUGAGUUUCCAGCAGCUACCUCAGUUUCCCCAGAAUCAGGUGUACUACGCAGUCAUGCAAAACCUCUCGUUCCUCUAUCCGAGACUUUUGACAUGAAUGACAGACCUCCCUCACCUGAACAAAUAGUUUUCCCAUUCAUGAAGAGUCCCACAAAAACAGGGUAUAUACAGCUUGACUUAAGUAAUACACAGUUUUGGUCCCUGCAGUUGCCACCAUUCUCAGCAAUAGAAGAUUCUCUUGAUGAGUGGAAUGGACUUGCUUUUGGAUCCAAUGAUAAAUCUGAGGUCAAGAUUAGACCGGAUUCCCUUAGUUCCUUUAAUGACUCGCGAGAACCAGUACCUUCAGAACUGGACUAUUCCGAUUUGUGUUUCAAAGAACAAUUAGCUGAAAACAGACCAGACACUCCUGAAUCGUAUGCAUCCCAUAGUGAUUUAGCUGGUUUUAUGGAGAUGACUCAGACAUUACAUUCACCAAAAUUGUUAACAUCAAAAGUUUAUUUUCAUCCCAUGUCGAAAAUUUCGAAAAUCAAAUCCCUUUCCUCAUUUGAUGAGGAUAGACCUCUAUCUCCUGAUUCUCCAACACCUCAUUUUAGAGCUGAACAUUGUGACUACUAUUUGCAUUUUAGUGGGAGUUGUCCAUUGUUAACUCAGUCAUUUAGUUCUGACAUUGAGUCCUUUGAAUGGUGCCAUGAAGAAUUGUUCACUGGGGAAGGACAAGAUUCCCCCGAUUCAGUAAUGCCUACAAGUCAGUCUGUGUUGUACAUAGACAAAGCUAACAUAAAUGACAGACCACUCUCACCAGAAUCAUUGACAUCUGAGAACAGUUUCUCAUUUCCACAGUUCUGGUUCAGUUCAACAACAUGUUCCCCAGAUUCAGUGAGAUCAUUAGAUGAGUAUCAACCCCUCUCUCCAGACUCACCAGUUCCCCAGUUUGAAACUCAGUGUUGUGAUUAUUAUUUAUUCUUCACGAGCAGUACAUCUUCAUCACCAGAGUCAAUAGCUUCCGACCAUGAAUCCUGUGGUUUAAACUUUGAUGCUGUGUUUACUGAGAACAGAGCAGAUUCACCAGAGACAUUUAUAUCCGAGGGUGAAGAUGAACACUAUGAUGAUAUCCCAACCAUAUUCAGACCAUUCUCACCCGAUUCACUAACGUCAGAGAAUGAAUACUCUCUUUCAUUCCUUGAAUAUUGUUUUUCUGAAUUAAGGCCAUCUUCCCCCGAAUCCAUGACAUCGCUGUUUGAGUAUCGGCCUCUCUCUCCAGACUCACCAGUUCCCCAAUUUGCACCUGCUCUCUCUAUAUUUACCAUGACAACAGCAGGGAGAAGUUCUCCGUCUGAAUCUGUGAUGUCAGAAACAGACUGGGAGGAGUUUUGUCUGGAGGAUGUGUUUAGUGAGGUCCGACCCUGUUCGCCUGAUUCUAUCUGGUCAGAUAGUGAGGACAUUGCAGAUGCUCUAGAAGCGCAACAAAAUCAGUCUAAUCAAAAACCAAAAACUCAAAUGACGGAGACUAAUAUUACAGAAACAACCUGUCCACAUGAGAAUGUCAUACCAUUAUCCCAGGUUAAUAUAGAUCUGUCUGAAGGUAGCUUUACAGCACCUGAGGAUGUUGGUCUUUCAGAAACACCUCUAACUGAACAGAAGGCAGAUGCCACUCCCCUUUCACAGGUCAUGUGUGAUGUUUAUAAAGGUAGGACAUUGACUACAGAAUAUACCCUGGUUUACAAGGCCGUUCAAUGCAAGUUAAUGGCUCAUAUGAACGAUCCACUAUACAAAGGUGAAACCUACAAGAGUAAGACAGGUGUAUUUGAAUGCGCAGGAGGAGGAAGGCAGGGGGCUAGAAGAGCUGUUGACAUUCAGAGGGAAACUUUAAAUAAAGCCAGAACAGAUAUUGAUGAAGAGCCAAAGCUUGAUAUAAUGUCUGAUUCGGAAAUAGUUAUUCUUAAAGAGACAGAGGUGAUAGAAUCACAACAGACUGAGUCUGAGGAUCUUUUUGAUGAGAAAAUAGGAGAUGAUUCAUCGCUGACAGACUUUAAAGCUGAUAAGACAAUUAUAGAUUCUGAGGAUGUACUUGACUCUUCCUUACCAGUGAUGGCAGAAAUCAGGAGCCCUUCCCCUGUCUUGUUCGAAUGGGAGUUUGUCCAACUAUCUCCCCUGCCUGAGUACCAACCUCUCUCCCCUGAAUCUUUCAAUUCAGACAAUGAUGAAAACCUUUUACAUCUCAACCACCUGUUCACUGACAUGAGGCCUUCUUCACCUGACUCUGUGGCAUCACUUGAUGAGUAUAGACUCCUCUUACCUGACUCUCCCGUACCCCAGUUCAGAUCUGAAUGUUGUCAUUAUUAUCUAUCAUUUACAGGCAAUAGAGUAUCCUCACCUGAAUCAGUCGUUUCAGACCUAGAAUAUUCAGAUGUGUGUCUGGAGGAAUUGGUGACUGAGAAACGACCAGAUUCACCAGAAUCUAUCACAUCCACCAAAAGUGUUUUAGAAAGAAAGUCUCCCAAACACAGACCAUUGUCACCAGAAUCAAUAACUUCAGAUGAUGAUUUAUUGUUGUUUGAGCCAUGGUUCUCAGAGAAUAUGACAUGUUCCCCAGAUUCAGUGAGAUCAUUAGAUGAGUAUCAGCCCCUCUCGCCAGACUCACCAGUUCCCCAGUUUGAAACUCAGUGUUGUGAUUAUUACUUAUUCUUCACACACAGUACAUCUUCAUCACCAGAGUCAAUAGCUUCCGACCAUGAAUCCUGUGGUUUAAACUUUGAUGCUGUGUUUACUCAGAACAGAGCAGAUUCACCAGAGACAUUUAUAUCCAAGGGUGAAGAUGAACACUGUGAUGAUAUCCCAACCAUAUUCAGACCAUUCUCACCCGAUUCACUAACGUCAGAGAAUGACUACCCUCUUUCAUUCCUUGAAUAUUGUUUUUCUGAAUUAAGGCCAUCUUCCCCCGAAUCCAUGACAUCGCUGUUUGAGUAUCGGCCUCUCUCUCCAGACUCACCAGUUCCCCAAUUUGCACCUGCUCUCUCUAUAUUUACCAUGACAACAGCAGGGAGAAGUUCUCCGCCUGAAUCUGUGAUGUCAGAAACAGACUGGGAGGAGUUUUGUCUGGAGGAUGUGUUUAGUGAGGUCCGACCCUGUUCGCCUGAUUCUAUCUGGUCAGAUAGUGAGGACAUUGCAGGUGCUCUAGAAGCGCAACAAAAUCAGUCUAAUCAAAAACCAAAAACUCAAAUGACGGAGACUAAUAUUACAGAAACAACUUGUCCACAUGAGAAUGUCAUACCAUUAUCCCAGGUUAAUAUAGAUCUGUCUGAAGGUAGAUUUACAGCACCUGAGGAUGUUGGUCUUUCAGAAACACCUCUAACUGAACAGCAGGCAGAUGUCACUCCCCCUUCACAGGUCAUGUGUGAUGUUUAUAAAGGUAGGACAUUGACUACAGAAUAUACCCUGGUUUACAAGGCCGUUCAAUGCAAGUUAAUGGCUCAUAUGAACGAUCCACUAUACAAAGGUGAAACCUACAAGAGUAAGACAGGUGUAUUUGAAUGCACAGGAGGAGGAAGGCAGGGGGCUAGAAGAGCUGUUGACAUUCAGAGGGAAACUUUAAAUAAAGCCAGAAUACAUAUUGAUGAAGAGCCAAAGCUUGAUAUAAUGUCUGAUUCGGAAAUAGUUAUUCUUAAAGAGACAGAGGUGAUAGAAUCACAACAGACUGAGUCUGAGGAUCUUUUUGAUGAGAAAAUAGGAGAUUAUUCAUCGCUGACAGACUUUAAAGCUGAUAAGACAAUUAUAGAUUCUGAGGAUGUACUUGACUCCUCCUUACCAGUGAUGGCAGAAAUCAGGAGCCCUUCCCCUGUCUUGUUCGAAUGGGAGUUUGUCCAACUAUCUCUCCUGCCUGAGUACCAACCUCUCUCCCCUGAAUCUUUCAAUUCAGACAAUGAUGAAAACCUUUUACAUCUCAACCACCUGUUCACUGACUUGAGGCCUUCUUCACCUGACUCUGUGGCAUCACUUGAUGAGUAUAGACUCCUCUCAUCUGACUCUCCCGUACCCCAGUUCAGAUCUGAAUGUUGUCAUUAUUAUCUGUCAUUUACAGGCAAUAGAGUAUCCUCACCUGAAUCAGUCGUUUCAGACCUAGAAUAUUCAGAUGUGUGUCUGGAGGAAUUGGUGACUGAGAAACGACCAGAUUCACCAGAAUCUAUCACAUCCACCAAAUGUGUUUUAGAAAGAAAGUCUCCCAAACACAGACCAUUGUCACCAGAAUCCAUAACUUCAGAUGAUGAUUUAUUGUUGUUUGAGCCAUGGUUCUCAGAGAAUAUGACAUGUUCCCCAGAUUCAGUGAGAUCAUUAGAUGAGUACCAACCCCUCACUCCAGACUCACCAGUUCCCCAGUUUGAAACUCAGUGUUGUGAUUAUUACUUAUUCUUCACGAGCAGUACAUCUACAUCACCAGAGUCAGUAGGUUCCGACCAUGAGUUCUCUGGUGUAAACUUUGAUGCUGUGUUAACUGAGAACAGAGCAGGUUCGCCAGAGACAUUUAUAUCCGAGGGUGAAGAUGAACGUUGUUGUGAUAUUCCAACCAUAUUCAGACCAUUCUCACCUGAUUCACUAACAUCAGAGAAUGACUACUCUCUUUCAUUCCUUGAAAACUGGUUUUCUGAAUUAAGGCCAUCUUCCCCCGAAUCCAUGACAUCGCUGUGUGAGUAUCGGCCUCUCUCUCCAGACUCACCAGUUCCCCAAUUUGCACCUGCUCUCUCUAUAUUUACCAUGACAACAGCAGGGAGAAGUUCUCAGCCUGAAUCUGUGAUGUCAGAAACAGACUGGGAGGAGUUUUGUCUGGAGGAUUUGUCUAGUGAGGUCCGACCUUGUUCACCUGAUUCUAUCUGGUCAAACACAGAGAGUGCUACAAAUCAACAUAAUGAGAAACAGUCUCCUACUUUACAUUCAAAACAAGAUUUUUUAGAAUAUGACUGGUGGCCUGAUGUCCAAUCAGAACACCGGAGACCCAAUACCGAAUCAAACGACGCCCCCUUUACUUUUUACUUCCACACCUGUUGCCAAACCCACAGAAUCGUAGAGCAGUUUUUUUGUAGAGCCUCCUCCCCACACAGCACCAGUAAACCCUGCAAUGAUGUAGAACAGAUGACAUCUCACAGAAUCGACCCGUCGUCCUCUGAGUUAAGUCAUGUGCCAUCUGGCAAACACCAUGAGGGAUCUCAGGCUGUGUGGCUGGAGGAGGCUUUCCCUGUACAACACCAAACAAGUACCCAAUCUAAGUACUCAAGAGGGAGUCGUGUUAUUUUGAAGUGGAUACACCCGGAAGUUAAACCGGGCAUUGAGCCAUAUUCCAACAACAAAGACCUGGCAAGACUGAUGAUGAAAGAGAAGAACAGCAGAGUCUCCUUGUUGUCGGUCCCCACAGAUUAUCCAAUGAAGGACCUGUCAGAGUCUUCAGAACAUGAACAUGUGGUUUUAGAACACAGUACAACAGAUGAAAUUCCAUCUAUGUCUCUGAAACUAAGGAACAUUCUCCCAUCCGAAGCUCUAGAACUACGUGAUUUUAGUCAGGAGCCUUCUCCUUUAACUGUUGAGGGCAGCAGGUUAUCACAGGAAGGACAUAGAAAACCAUCUAAACAGAGCAGAGACUCCUCCACCUCUUCAUCACCAUCACACACCCCUGUCAUACCUGAUCUACUCAGUCAUAUGUCCCAGGACAGCUCGGAUCUGGGAGAGGAUCUUCCAACAUCUGAGUCUGUAUCCCCUAAACUUGACCAGCUUUUGUCAGAACUUGAAGACAUAAAGUCAAAGUUUAGACCAGAGACACUUUUGCCCAUAGACCCACUGGCCUCCGAAUCCAGUGAGGACAGUCCAGAAAUUCUACAACCUUACAUUGAGUUUAAGGACCUCUCCCCAGAAGAUGACAGACAGUUCUGUGAGGGUGAAAAAGCCUCCAUACAUCUUGCAGAAACACCAACCGAGGCAGAACUGUUGACAUUAGGAGAUCCAUCCCAAAGUCAUGUAACCGAACCUCAGGUUUUUAGAAUAACUCCAGAUCUGAUAAAAACUUCAACAGAACCAACUCAAGUCUUGGCCGAUCCUGUUUAUUUCAGUGAUUUGAGUCCUUUGGCCUCAAUGCUCACUCACAGAGCAGUAAAUUGUGAUAUAAGUGGUUCCAGUGCUGACACGACAAUUAAUUCAAAAUCAGAUAGAAUUCCAGAAUCUUCUGAAAAGUGCUGUGAGGCUCAAGAAAUGUGUUCAGAAUUUAACGUUCAGAUCCAAGAGUUCCAGACUCUCAGACAUGAUGUACCUACAGGUGACGCAUCUUCAGAUCUUUGGACUGAUUCUGCAGCUACAGAUGAACUUACAGUCCCUGAACACAAGCAUGAAGUACUUGAAGAUGAAUAUAUCAAACCAGUAUCAGUUGAAAAAAGUAACAUUGAGCGAUGUCAAGUAUUUAAUGAAGUUGAGGAUUCAACUGAUGAACAAAGCAAUGUUGGAAGUUAUAAUCCCACACAAAAAACCCAAGAACUUUCAAUUCUUAGAAUUAAGUCUCCACCCGAGACCAACCAGUAUCAAGAACCUUUCCCCAAGCCUGUCUCAGUUACUGCAGAGGCCGUCACAGACUACCGACUUUUCAACUUGGAGGAACUGACUCCGUUUUCAAGUCCUAAUUGUGAUAAUACUUCAUCAAAGGAAGUCAAGGUUAAAGUCAACUCAGAAGGGACAUCUAGUGAUUCAACGACCCCAGUGGACAUGGACCCCCCUUCGACUCAGACCAGUUCAGCCAAACCUGGAGUGCAGACUUUAUCAACCCAGGAUGAAGAUCUCUCUGUGGAGCUCAGUGUUUCACCCCAAUACAAUGAGACAUACGCCUCACCCUCCAAUCAAUACAAGCCUAAGCCUCCAAUGUAUGUUGACAUUGUGCAAGGUAGUAUGCACAAAGAAGACUCGGAUACCGAGUCUUACUUUGACUGCAAACAGGCCUUUUCAGACUUCUCAGAGAAUGAGCGGGAUGAACCUAAGAAACGAUCUAAUCUAAGCCAGGCAGGCAGCCAGCCAGGCCGUCUUUGUGACCAACAGCGAAAACACCCCAAAGGGACGGUCCGCUUUUCACUCGGCAGGCCAGAGUGUGGCUCCCUACUGUCCUCCGGGAGUGAGGACUUUGACGAUGUCCAAGAACCUCCAGAUGAACCAAGCAAAGUCACCCAGGAACUGUCCCACACAGAGGAGUCUUUCUUUGAAGCGUCUCAGGAGCUUCCUGUGGGACAGACACCAUUUUGUGAUCAAGAGGAUUCUAUGUGGAGGGAGAUGGCUGCGGAUAUUGAUGCGACCUCAGAGAGUUCAGAUGAAGAUUUUCUGACAACCAGAGUAGUACGGAGAAAAGUGAUAAUUAAGGCAGAUGAGAUGCCAGAUCUUCCCCCUCAGACGGUUACUGAAGAACAUUACACAGAUGAACAUGGACACAUGGUGGUGAAGAAGGUGACCAGGAAGAUCAUUCGUAAGUGUGUGUCUGCAGACGGUAUGGAACGAGAAGAGGUGACAGUGGAGGGAUCUCCCCAGGGGUCUGUCAGCGUAGCGGAGGGAGACAGCUACUCCAGGGUAGUGAAGAGGACUGUGCUGAGGAGCGAAGGAGAUCACACAGAGGUGACCUUCACUGACGGGGUGCCAGGAUCAGGGGAGGAGCUUCUUGGAGGUCAUAAGGUCAGCCGGGUCGAGCAGACAUCCGUGGUGGAAGGCGAGAGAAGGGAAACACACCAUGGUGACCCCUCACUGACCUCCGACCUUCCCUCGGCCCGCGAGGACUUCUCAAUGGCUUUGGGCUACAUAGGGGGAUUUAGCAGAGUGCAGCUCCCCAAUGUGGUGGAAAGGGAGAUUGUCAAUGAGGACGGCUCUGUAAGCAGGAGGGCCCGGAUGCGUAAGGGGCGCACCCAGAGGCGGACAGUAGUGAGGGGAGCUGGGCGAAGCCAGGUCCUCCUGGAGCGCCUGGAUGAUGUUCAAGAGGGUUCACGACCUCGUGACCUUCAGCAGCACCUCCAUCAGCUCAUCCAUAGCUACUGCAAAGAAGAGGGUGAGGAGGAGGAGGAGAGGAAGGAUUAACAGGCUUUCAGCUCUUACCCUCCACUUCUUGUCUCGCCCCUGACGCCGCAUCAGACACGUUUCCACCAAUCCUAUGCAUCAAGCACAUGCAAUCCCAGAAUGCACCUUGGCACCUCAUCCCUACCACAGUCUUCCUGUUUUAGUUACAGAUGCCCAUCUGCCCAACAAUCAGAGACAGUUUUCUUUGCAGUAUUUUCCCUGCUUGGUUUUAUUUUCUCAUAAUGUAUCUCUGUUUUCUUGUAACCUUUUUGUGACCAAAGAGAGUUGCCUGUUGGUUCCUGGUUUUCCAGAGUUUCCCUGUCCAUUUAAUUUGACGUUUGUCUUUUGAGUUUUGAGUCUUGAAGCUGUGGUAAAACGACAACAAAAAACAAAAACAAAUGAGUAAAGAAUCCAGACAACUCCUAUACAAACCUCCAACUGAAAAACACAGAGAAUCCUGUCAGCUGGCGCUAGGUGCUGGAGUAAAGAACUACCGUCACACUGCACUGCCUAUCUCUCAUUCUAGAUAAACCCCCUCACCCAGAACUACAGUAUAUCACUAUUGACACAUUUUGCUCUAUUAUCUCAAAAUUACUGUAUAAAGGAAAAUGUUGCAGACUUUAUUGACACUAACUCCAUACUAUCUGCUGCUGACGUGCUUAAUGUAUGUGUUAUUUCUGUCUUUGGAAAAGUAUCUAUAUAAUCUGUGCAUUUUUUAAUGAUUGGCAACCCUGGUAAUCUAGGCAUCAUUAAUCAACCAUGUGAACUAGAGCAGGCAUGACUAGUCAGUCACUAUGAUCAUAGCUACAGCAAAACAGCUGUCUAGUAGUUAACCACCCCAGCCUUUUUCAUCUUUUUUCUUUCUCUAGCCUGUCUCUCUUGUUCACUUCCCUGGAGUGUAGAACUGUUGAACCUAUUGCUUUCAUCCGGACUGUUGUUUGAUGUGCAAGUGGGUUUGUGCAUGUGUGUGUGCCUGGGUUGUGUGUAUGAUGAUAGUCAACAAGCUAUGAAGAGAUAAUGGGUGAGAGAAGGUCUAAGAAGCAUUGAUUGGGUUUGUAUUCGUUAUGUUUUAUUUUGGUUUCUAUUUUAUAGUGUGAGAAGUUCGUGUUCUGAUUUGUGUGUGUGUUGAAAAGUUGAGAAGUUUGAAAAGAGACAGAUCUGAAAUUGUAUUGUGGUUGUCUUUCAGGUGAAUCCUCUAAGUUUGAACUCAUUUAUGAAUGUACCUGAGGGCCCAGUUAGUGUGGGACCAGGUGUAGGUGGAUCUAUGUAUUGUUGAUUUGAUUUGAGCAAUGAAAAACUACUUUUUUUCACACAAUCAUGUUGAACACCUGAAUGUCAGGAGGAGGCACCUCCACGUCUUGGGCACAGGAAGUGAUGGAAGUAGAGGAGGCAGCAGCAUUUCUCAACCAAUGAAUUUUGGCAAGACACUGGAUAGAGACUCACCUGACACGGGUGUGACUUGGCACGUUGAAAGUUUGUAUACAGCGUCAUUCACAGCUCUGGGUUAGCUACUGUAUGUAUCUACGACAUGUAAUGUAUUACUUUCACUAUCACUGUUUACUUUUGAGCGAAAUUACAAAAAAAGUGAAAAUGCAAAACUAGUGGAAGUUCACUGUGACAAGUAGGCUUUUCAUUUGAAGAAAUCAGCAUCCAGUUUAUGUGUUGAUGACAGUUAUAUACAUAUUCUAUUAUACAUAUAUACAUAUCUAUGAGGGCAUGUCAGUUUACUGGAAGUAAUUUAAAAAGAACAUGACUGAUAGAUAAAUAAAAAUACAAGUGU